AAGAGAUAAUUAUAGCUUAUCUUAUGUGUUAUGUUAUACACGCAGAAUUAAAUCAAAUAUGAAUGCAACUAAAUUUGAAAUAACACCGACAACGACUGUGUUGUCCAAACUGAACCACACGGAAUACCAAGAAUGGAAUCUUCUCGGUCAAAAGGUUUGGACAUCCGAGUCAAAGGCAACAUGGUCGCCAAACAAAGACGUUGCGUGGUAUACAUGCGAAGCGAUACACAUUACAUGCAUAGUGGUCGCAUUCUACAUUCUCUACGCACUGGUGCAUUUUAGAAUACUAAGAAAAGCAGAAGUGGCAAAAACUUCAGCGCGUCUUAGAAAGGGCGGAAGAUGGCUUGAAAAUCUUUGUAUAAUGGGCGUGUUAACUGCUCUGCUGAGGUUUGGGAAUAACCAGGCGUUAUUGUUUACCGUGGAUUCAACCUCCAGAUGUUCUACACUGCUUAAUGUCAGCAUUGCUCUGUACAACGUUACCAUUCACCCGAUAUACACCUUUCUGUGGGUGCGAUUGCGGAUCUUUUACUCGAACCGAGCAUUAAAACACCUGUACAGUAAAACUGUUCGAUUUCUAAGCUGGGUGGCUUUACUUUGCUUUAUCUGUGUGACUAUGGUGUGCAUGGUGCUUCUGAUUGUGGACCGAGACAAUAGCGCCAGUGGGCGGGUAUGUGCCAACACAAAUUCCAACGAUAGCAGCACUGUUCCGGCCAACUCUUCUCGGCCUCCACACCAGCAAGGCGUGCGUGUGAAUAUAAUGACAGGACUACUUGGCGGCUGCAUACAGCUUUCGUUUCUCGCCCUUUUCCUCUACCCGAUCAUGGACAAUAAGUUGAGGGCGGUACGAGCCAACCACACACGAGGAAAAAGCGUCGCAUUGAUAACUCUCAUAAGAAGAUCAUUCGUCCUUGCUGGUCUGUGCAUAUUAUCUGAUGUUGCAAUAGCUCUGUUAAUCAAGGUGGUCUACACAAGCCACCCAAGUGCUAUAUUUGCCCCGCUGGCCAUGUAUGAUGUUAACUUGGUCGUCAACCUGUUAUGUAUAGUGAUGACAUUCAGACGCUGGCGUGUCAUGCUCUUUCCAUGGUUCUACACCUCCCGAUGCCCAUUUGCCGCUUGCCCAAGCGCCUGCCACCAUAGGCUCCAGCCCGGGUCUUCCCGUACAUAUAUUGUAAACAAAAAAACGCCGGUAGCACCCCUCGCUUCAGUUGAGUCUCGUUCCCAAACUUGGGACCGUUCCACCAGCCACUUUUCUUCUCGUCGCCGCCGGGAAAAGAAGCUCCAAAUCCCGGAGAUCCGGGAGCCGGUUCCCGAUGUUGGCCUUCCUGUACUGCGGGAGAUUUCGGAAGAAAAAGAAGCAGAGUGGAAGAGCCAAUCUCUUUCUCUACAGAACCACAAAAUCGAGUCCGAAUUGCAGCAAUAUUCAGAUACAGUUUUCCAGCUCUCCUACCCUGAGUUCGAGCGCCAACGUUCAACGUCCCUAGUUCUCCGCACAGAGAACAAAUGUUCGGACAAAAAGUCAAAGACUGCCCUCGCCGCUUCUCUUAUCGCCAAAUCCAAAUGUUGGAUGAGAGACAACAAGCAAAACAAUACAUAAUUUGUAUAAUUCCUAAACAUUUUCCAGGUUAUUGCUUUUUUUUCGGGAGAGAAUUUUUCGUGCGGUUAGCGUUUCGUCGUGUUCUAUUUUUUCUUGCUAUUAAUAAACUGUAAAUCAUGUUCACACA